CACCCUUAUCCAAUGCCCUAUGUAUUGAAACUCAUCUUCUUUAUAAAGAAACUCGAACGACGAGGUUUUUCUUCAUAAUAUUGCCUUUUAUCUGAAACAUCACUUAUUAACAGGGGAAAAAAAGAUGAUCCAAACAGUGCCCUUUAGUUCUUCAUCUUUAAGAAGUUUUCUCGAAAUCAGUGGCGUUAUUGAUUGUUCAAGAUCAAGUUCAAGAUGUGGUUUGAUUCCCAGAAUUCAUUGUUCUUCAAGAAAUAAUGUUUAUAUUCCAAAGCUGGAGCCAUUUAGCAGAAGCAAAAUAGAUAGAGCUGUUAAAGAACCCCCUUUGAUUCAGAAAUCAGAAAACCAACUCGCAGAUUAUUGUUCAACGCUUGAAGGGGAUGAUUCUUAUAACUGCUGGAGGGCCUACUUUGAGCUCAAAGAACUUGAAGAAGAGGCCCCAAAGGAGGAGUUGGAGAGACUAAUUAUUGAAGCUGGUGGUGUAAAAUCACUGGUUGGAUGUUUACAUGGAAUUGCAGCAAUACUCAAAGCGAAGAAGGAAUACAAGGAGUCAAUGAAGACCGUGACUGCAGAGAAUUUAGGCACUGUUCCUGGUCCGAUACCGGACGGGUUGCCCAAGACGUUUGAUGAGCUCGAGGAAGAGGAGAAAGCCAGAAUGCCGGAUUCGCCCUUCACAAGAUUGCUUAGAGCCAGAGGACGAUCCCCAGCUUGGUAUUCACCGGCAGAUUGAUGAUGAUGAUGAUGAUGAUGAUGAUGAUAUCGACUUAUUGUCAUUUAUCAUCCUCCGUGAAAUGUACUUAGUAGAAGAUUAUGAUGGUGUAAAAUGGAUUUUGGGUAGUAUGACAUGAAAUUAAUGCAAUAUGUGUGUAUAUGUUAAAAAAGGGUGGUGUGUCUUAUUUGAAUAAAUAACUUUUUGAUUUGGCAAUGAAUUAGUUCACAUUUUCAUGCCUA